AUGGCAGAAAACGCGGAUGCAAUCCAAAAGGUCCAUCCAGUUCUGGAAUACGAUUUUCGAAAAGUACAAAAUCCGCCACAUGACAAAAUCCAAAUUACAUGGAUUGGACAUGCUACUGUGCUUGUUCAGAUAGAAGGGAUGAAUAUACUUGCUGAUCCAGUAUUCAGUGAGAAGUGUGGUCCAGCUGGUUUCGUUGGUAACAAACGGUUUACGCCUCCCGCGUGUCAAGUAGAAGAUCUACCGCAGAUAGACGUUGUGAUCAUCAGUCAUAACCACCACGACCACUUAGAUUCUCAGUCAGUCAGGGACAUUGCUCGACUUCAUCCAAAGGCAAGAUGGUUAGUCGGAUUAGGUAAUAAGAAAUUUUGCGUUGACAAAGGAUGCGCAAAUGUGGAAGAGAUGGAAUGGUGGGAAAGUACAAGUAUUGGUUCCUUCACAUUUGUAUGCACUCCAACACAACACUGGUGCCAGCGAUAUCCACUUGACUUCAACAAUGCUCUAUGGUGUGGAUGGGUAGUGGAAAGCCCGAAAUACAAGUAUUACUUUGCCGGGGACACAGGAUAUCAGGACGAGCUAUUUAAUUUGAUUGGCCGAAAAUAUGGACCCUUUGAUCUUGCAUCAAUACCAAUAGGUGCAUAUGAGCCCAGAUUCAUCACUAAAUUUGAGAGGGUGAACCCGGAGGAGGCAGUGAAAAUCCACAUGGACAUACGUUGUAGAGUCUCAAUUGGUAUUCACUGGGGAACAUUUGAACUGACAAACGAGUAUUACUUGGAGCCACCACAGGAGUUGGAAAAACAGAUGUACAACAAUGGUCUGGACCCAAAGACGUUCUUCAGCUUGCGAAUUGGAGAAACAUGGAUAGUUGGGGAAGACCGGGAUUAUGAUCCGCCUUUUAUGGAAAGAGAGAAAACGGGAACACCGAGACUCAACAAUGGCCCGGGUGAUUUAGGGGCGACAGGCUCUAACCAGCAUGUCAGCAAGGACGAGAAAGUGGAAGAAGCAGGAGUAUUAACCAAUUAG